CAUGCCGGAAAUCCUAGACCCACUCCAAUUUGCAUACCGCCCCAACAGAUCCACAGAUGACGCAAUCUCAAUCGCACUCAAGUCACAACUGACUCUUCUUGUGUUGUGUCUCUUACUUUGGGUGGACAAGCCUUCUGUUGGCCCGCUGCAGUACAUAGUAUUGCAGACAGUAUGAACUGUAGUUAGACCUAAUAAAGGACAACUCAACAGUAGUGACAUUGUUCAAAACAUUAAACUGAACAUCGACAUAUUCAAACUUGCUACGUGAUAAAGUUGUGCAACACAGAAUCAAGCUGUACAACAACAUAAGAGGACAGAGACUGCAUUUUCCACAGGUCAGUCUCGUCCCGUGAAGGAGCAACCAGGAUGAAUUCAGUACUCACAUUUCUUUUGAUUUCGAAAGCAUCAAUCUAGCUCAAUUGACUAAUGUUAUACAAGUGCUCUAUACAUUUAAAGUGUUCACUAUAGGAAUUUGGAAAAUGUAAUAAAUGCAGUAAACAUAGAGUUUUUUCAGGUGCAUCUCAACACCAGUUCUUGUUCAGCCCACUUCUUCCCAGAAAGCAGAGCUGGGAGGCAAUGUUAGUAUUGAAUGCCACAUAACUAGUGAAAAACAGUAGUGGCUGAGGUUGACUUGUUUUUGUUGAAGUGUGCAACAAAAUGUAUAGAUUUUUCAAAUCUUUAUUUUGUCAAAAAGGUGCCAACCUCACCAGAGUUCCCUUCCUCCUGAAAGCUUGACUUGCCUUCUUCAGACGUGACAUGAGAAAUACAAUGCAAACCCCCUGUGUAUGUCAAAGAGGACAUAGGCACCAGUCUCAGCCACCAACCCAAAUGAUAAAAUACAAACCAGUAACUCUGACUGUACAUCAUUUGAAGGGCUGCUCUAACUAUGGUAUGCCACAGGACACAUAUUAGAUUGACAUUUUUAUCACAUGUUUUAUGCCUGUUCAGACAGCCAAUAAAAUCACUUAGUUCACAGUUUCCACCUACUUCAUAAUGAUUACCCAAUGAGUGUCAUCAUAUAAAAGGUGCCCACACACAAGACCCACACACUAUACAGUUCAGAAAGAAUAUUAAAAUGAUGAUUAUAUAUUGGACAAUCUUUUUGUUUUAUGCCAAUUUGGGUUGUGCCCUUAACAGGGAUGUAAUCCAACCAGACCCUUUGAUAGUUACACAACUGGGACAAAGUGUAUCUCUCAAUUGCUUUUGUCGAUCUCAAUUGAUCAGAGUCUCUUGGUUCAAGCAAACUGUUGGACAGAAGCCUCUUCUCAUGGCAUCAUCAUAUUAUGGCAGUGAAAAUAGUUUCUAUUUCAACAACUUUACCGAGGACUUUACUGAGACUAAACGUUUGAGUGUGAAGAGAGGAGUUGACAGCUGUAACCUGACCAUCUCCAAGACAGAGUCAGGGGACUCAGCUACAUACUACUGUGUUAGUUUGUUAGCGAGGGAAGACAAAUUUGGAGAAGGAACUGUUUUAAUUGUCAAAGAUUCAGGUUCCAACAGCAUGUCUGUGCUCCAGCAGCCUGUGUCUGAGUCAGUUCAGCCAGGAGACUCUGUGUCUCUGAACUGUACAAUACACACUGAGACCUGUGCAGGAGAACACAGUGUAUUUUGGUUCAGACACGGCUCAGGAAAAUCCCAUCCAGGAAUCAUUUAUACUCAUGGAGACAGUAAUGAUCAGUGUGAGAAGAGCCCUGAGGCUGGGUCUCCUACACAGAGCUGUGUCUACAACCUCCCCAAGAGGAACCUCAGCCUCUCUGAUGCUGGGACUUACUACUGUGCUAUGGCCUCAUGUGGGGAGAUACUAUUUGGGAAUGGGACCAAGCUGGAAUUGGACUAUGGUUGUAAGGAGUACCCUGUUCUCUUGGUGUACUACCUGGGUGUAGCGUUGGCUCUUUGUGGCAUCAUCAUCAUUGUCCUUGGUUGUGUUACUUACAAAAUGACCAAGAAAAUCUCUCUGCUGUCCAGAGGAACGCACCCUCAGCCAAGUGGUCCGGCAGUCCACAGUUCUAAUAACCAGGAUCAAAAAGACAACGACACACCCACGUCGGUCCAUUACGCUGCUCUGAAUGCCAUCCACAAGAAGCCAAAGACCCGGAGACAGAGGAGAGCCAUGGAGAGAGACACUGUGUACUCUGGGGUGAGGUGCCAAAACACGGACUGAAAAGACUUGCAUUGCUUUUUUCUGUUACACAUUGUGUUUUUAUCAUUAUAAUUGUGUUACAAUUUCUUGUAUUCUGUCUAACUCCUUUUUACAUUACUGUUGUGCAUUUUGUAUCAAAUAAAACUAAUUCACUGCAA